UGGUUCCCCAGCCGGGGUUGGUAAGGUCGGGCCAUGGUGGGGCAGAGGUUGGGAAGAUGGCGUGGCGAGGCUGGUCGCAGAGAGGCUGGGGCUGCGGCCAGGCGUGGGCUGCGCCGGUGGGCGGCCGCGGCUGCGAGGAGCUCACUGCGGCCCUAGCCCCGCCGCGGCUGUUCGGACGCAGGUUUAACUUCAUUAUUCAGCAAAAAUGCGGAUUCAGAAAAGCACCCAAGAAGGUUGAACCUCGAAGAUCAGACACAGGGACAAGUGGUAAAGCACACAAGAGAAGUGCUUUGAUUCCUCCCGUGGAAGAAACAGCCUUUUAUCCCUCUCCCUACCCUAUAAGGACUCUCAUAAAACCAUUAUUUUUUACUGUUGGGGUAAGAGUGCACUUCGCUAGGAGUUACCUACCUUGCUACAAAUGCAGCGUUAAAAUACUUUGUCCUAUUAACAAGUGGUGGAAUAACCUAAGUGAUGGCCAGCGGACUGUGACAGGUAUUAUAGCUGCAAAUGUCCUUGUAUUCUGUUUAUGGAGAGUACCAUCUCUGAAUCGGACAAUGACCAGAUAUUUCACAUCGAAUCCAGCCUCAAAGGUCCUUUGUUCUCCAAUGUUGCUGUCAACAUUCAGUCAUUUCUCCUUAAUUCACAUGGCAGCAAAUAUGUAUGUUUUGUGGAGCUUCUCUUCCAGCAUAGUGAACCUUCUGGGUCAAGAGCAGUUUAUGGCAGUGUACCUAUCUGCAGGUGUUAUUUCCAAUUUUGUCAGUUACGUGUGUAAAGUGGCCACAGGAAGAUAUGGACCAUCACUUGGUGCAUCCGGUGCCAUCAUGACGGUCCUCGCAGCUGUCUGCACGAAGAUGCCGGAAGGGAGGCUGGCCAUUAUUUUCUUUCCGAUUCUCACAUUCACAGCAGGGAAUGCCCUAAAAGCCAUUAUCGCCAUGGAUACAGCAGGAUUGAUCCUGGGAUGGAAAGUUUUUGAUCAUGCGGCACAUCUUGGAGGAGCUCUUUUUGGAAUAUGGUAUGUUACUUAUGGUCAUGAACUGAUUUGGAAGAACAGGGAGCCUCUAGUGAAAAUCUGGCAUGAAAUAAGGACUGAUGGCCCCAAAAAAGGAGGUGGCUCUAAGUAAAACUGGAUUGGACAGUAGUGGUGCGUCUGGUCGUGCUGCCCGAGAGCCCCCGGAGACAUCGGCCCUCGAGUGAGCAUGGCUCUGCUCCCGCCUGGAAGACGCUGGCAUCGGCCCCCGGGGGUUUUCGCUGUGUCCCACGGUCUGUCUUCUUAGAAAGUGAAUUAUGAAAAGUUGUGAAUAAAGGCUUCUGUCCAGUUUGUAAGCAGA